AUGACCACCACCUUCCUCCAGCAGCGCAGCGCUGCCCAGUCGGCCGGCUUUGCCAUCAUCCGCAGGAUCCUCGCCACCCACUCGUUUCCUGAUGGUGUCACCACAAAGCAACUCUACAAGCUCGCAGUCCAGGAACCAAUUCCUCAGGGCUUCCAACCAUAUCCUCUCGGAAUAAAGUACCCAAAAGCACCCUCGAAGCCAGUUAAACAGAAGUCUUCAAAGGUUGUGGUGAAAGAACCAUCAUACCCAGAACACCCAGAACACCCCAUUCGCUCCAUCAGAUUCCUCAAAGAGUACAUUCUCCCGUUCUUGCAGGGUAUGCGUGAAAUCAAAAUGACACCGCAGCCACGCACACGCCCCAUUUCCGAGUCUGAGUUGACGAACAAGAAGAAGAAGAAGAGAGACACGUCCAUUGAGUGGGUGUGGAAGGUGAUUCCUCCAAACGAGCGGAUGCCGCCUCCAGGGCCGCCCAAGCAGAAGGAAGUUGUUGGCACAGAGGUCGGUGUGGGGCUAGAUACCUCGCAUUUGAACAAGCGAAGACAGGAAGCGCGUGUGGGCAAAGUCAGUCGGGAAGUGGACAGGCUCAAGGCGUACAAGCGCUUCACCGACGUGCGCGACCCGUUAAUGGAGCGGCUUGAGGGCAGCGCUGAGGUCCUCGAGAGAGUUCAUAAGAAAAUGGAGAAGUCCCCUGAUGCCGGUCUCGACGUCCUUGCCACUGAAGCCAAGAAGGCGAGCAAAGCGAAGGCGAGCAAAGCGCUGCCUCGACGAGCGCCAUUUACACCGAUAGCUGGCCCAGUGCUCAGAGCCAAAUUAGACGCUGCCCGAAAACAAACUGCAUACAAAAACCAACCGCAAGACGCUUAA